GCAGUCGGGGCUGGCGGGCGGCCGGCCCGGUGCGGGAGCCGGGCAGCGGCGCGGAGGAGGAGGCGAAGGAGAAGAAAAAGGAGGAGGAGAAAGGCAAAGGCAGCCAGGAGGGAGGGAGCGCCGAGCCAGAGACUAGCAGAGCAAAUUCUCCACCGUCCUCUAGCACCCACCAAGCGGCGGCAGCGGCAGUGUCUAGAAAUAUAUAGCUAGAAAUAUAAAAUCACCCCGCUCCUGCACCAUGGUUUUCCAAAGUAGGCUCCCUUCUUGGAUUAUUUUGUGCUCCGUCUGGCUGUUCCGCUUUGCACACACGGGGGAGGCACAGGCUGCGAAAGAAGUAAUAUUGCUGGACUCUAAAGCACAACAGACAGAGUUGGAAUGGAUUUCCUCUCCUCCCAAUGGGUGGGAAGAAAUUAGUGGACUGGAUGAAAACUACACUCCUAUACGAACAUACCAGGUAUGCCAGGUGAUGGAAUCAAACCAAAACAACUGGCUUCGGACUAACUGGAUUGCAAAAAGCAAUGCACAAAGGAUUUUUGUAGAACUGAAAUUCACUCUGAGGGAUUGUAACAGUCUUCCUGGAGUUCUGGGGACUUGUAAAGAAACUUUUAACUUGUAUUAUUAUGAAACAGACUACGACACUGGCAGGAAUAUCCGAGAAAACCAAUAUGUAAAAAUAGACACUAUUGCAGCAGAUGAAAGUUUUACCCAGGGUGAUCUUGGGGAGAGAAAAAUGAAACUUAACACAGAGGUGAGAGAAAUUGGACCUUUGUCCAAGAAAGGAUUCUAUCUUGCGUUUCAGGAUGUAGGGGCCUGCAUUGCUUUGGUCUCUGUCAAAGUCUACUACAAGAAGUGCUGGUCCAUCAUUGAGAACUUAGCUAUUUUUCCUGACACAGUGACUGGCUCAGAGUUUUCCUCUUUAGUUGAAGUACGAGGAACUUGCGUCAGCAGUGCGGAAGAGGAGGCGGAGAACUCGCCGAAGAUGCACUGCAGUGCGGAGGGAGAAUGGUUAGUGCCUAUUGGAAAAUGUAUCUGCAAAGCAGGAUACCAGCAAAAAGGAGACACGUGUGAACCUUGUGGCCGUGGGUUCUACAAAUCCUCCUCACAAGAUCUGCAGUGCUCCCGCUGCCCUACUCACAGCUUCUCUGACAAGGAAGGAUCUUCAAGAUGCGAUUGUGAAGAUAGCUAUUAUAGAGCACCUUCUGAUCCACCAUAUGUCGCAUGCACAAGACCUCCAUCUGCACCACAGAACCUCAUUUUCAAUAUCAACCAAACUACCGUGAGUUUGGAGUGGAGUCCUCCUGCUGACAACGGGGGAAGAAACGAUGUGACCUACCGCAUUUUGUGCAAGAGGUGCAGCUGGGAGCAGGGUGAAUGUGUUCCCUGUGGGAGUAACAUUGGAUAUAUGCCCCAGCAAACUGGAUUAGUAGAUAACUAUGUCACUGUCAUGGACCUGCUAGCUCAUGCUAACUACACGUUUGAAGUUGAAGCUGUGAAUGGGGUUUCUGACUUGAGUCGUUCCCAGAGGCUUUUUGCAGCUGUCAGCAUUACCACCGGUCAAGCAGCUCCCUCGCAAGUUAGUGGAGUAAUGAAAGAGAGAGUGCUGCAGAGGAGCGUGGAGCUUUCCUGGCAGGAACCAGAACAUCCCAAUGGAGUCAUUACUGAAUAUGAAAUCAAGUAUUAUGAGAAAGAUCAAAGGGAGAGGACCUAUUCAACAGUGAAAACCAAGUCCACUUCAGCUUCUAUUAAUAACUUAAAGCCAGGAACAGUGUAUGUUUUCCAGAUUCGUGCUUUUACUGCUGCUGGUUAUGGAAAUUACAGCCCCAGACUGGAUGUUGCCACACUUGAAGAAGCCACAGCCACAGCUGUUUCCAGUGAACAGAAUCCUGUUAUUAUCAUAGCUGUGGUUGCUGUGGCAGGAACCAUCAUUCUGGUCUUCAUGGUGUUUGGAUUCAUCAUCGGGCGAAGACAUUGUGGCUAUAGCAAAGCUGAUCAAGAGGGGGAUGAAGAACUUUACUUUCAUUUUAAAUUUCCAGGCACCAAAACCUACAUUGACCCUGAAACCUACGAGGACCCAAAUAGAGCUGUCCAUCAAUUCGCCAAGGAGCUAGAUGCCUCUUGUAUUAAAAUUGAGCGUGUGAUUGGUGCAGGAGAGUUUGGUGAAGUGUGCAGUGGGCGUCUAAAGCUUCCCGGCAAGAGAGAUGUCGCAGUAGCCAUAAAAACUCUGAAAGUUGGCUACACGGAAAAGCAAAGGAGGGAUUUCUUGUGUGAAGCAAGCAUCAUGGGACAGUUUGACCACCCCAAUGUUGUUCACUUAGAAGGGGUCGUUACCAGAGGGAAACCAGUCAUGAUCGUAAUAGAAUACAUGGAGAACGGGGCCUUAGAUGCAUUUCUUAGGAAACAUGAUGGGCAAUUUACAGUCAUUCAGCUAGUGGGAAUGUUGAGAGGAAUUGCUGCUGGAAUGAGAUAUUUGGCCGAUAUGGGAUAUGUACACAGGGAUCUUGCAGCACGCAAUAUUCUUGUCAACAGCAACCUUGUUUGUAAAGUGUCAGACUUUGGCCUUUCCAGAGUUAUAGAAGAUGAUCCAGAGGCUGUCUACACUACUACCGGUGGAAAAAUUCCAGUGAGAUGGACAGCUCCGGAGGCCAUCCAGUACCGCAAAUUUACAUCAGCCAGUGAUGUGUGGAGUUAUGGAAUAGUUAUGUGGGAAGUAAUGUCUUACGGAGAACGGCCUUACUGGGACAUGUCAAAUCAAGAUGUUAUAAAAGCAAUCGAAGAAGGCUAUCGUUUGCCAGCACCCAUGGAUUGCCCAGCAGGACUGCACCAGCUGAUGCUAGAUUGUUGGCAGAAGGAACGCGGUGAAAGGCCGAAGUUUGAGCAGAUAGUUGGUAUUCUGGACAAAAUGAUUAGAAAUCCAAACAGCUUGAAAACCCCAUUGGGAACCUGUAGCAGACCAAUUAGCCCUCUUCUGGACCAGAACACUCCCGAUUUUACCACUUUCUGCUCCGUAGGCGAAUGGUUACAAGCUAUUAAGAUGGAAAGAUAUAAGGAUAAUUUCACAGCAGCAGGCUACAACUCUCUUGAAUCAGUUGCCAGGAUGACUAUUGAAACCAAAAACAUGCCAGGUGCUUUGCAAAACAGAGAACAAGAAAAAUCCCUUUCCAGAAGAGAUGACAGCCUGAAUAGAAAUGACAUAAUGGCAGGAGACAAAGGAAGCAGAAAGGGGAAGCAAAACAAGAGUUAUAACCAUAAGAUCAUGAGAUUGGUUUGGAGGCACAGUGAACGCUAUGAGGCUUUUUUUUAAAGCGCAUAAGGACUGUAGUUGGGAGUAGAGGAUGGAAAUGUAGAAAAGAAGCGUGGAAAGGAAUGGAGAAGAAGGGAGGAACAGACUGGCAACAGCAGGAAGAGUAAACAGAGGUGUAUGGGAGAGGCCAGAACACACACCUGACAAACUGAGGAUUAUGACUAAUGCCAAGAAUGAAAGACCACAUCUGAAGAGCAUGAUGAUUUCAGGAGGAUGGCGAAGCAGGACGUGGCGAUGCUGCUAGGGAGAGAAGAGCCAGCAAAGCUGCCCUGGAAGCCUGCCCUGGAAGCUCCUCACACUAAUAUAACCCUGCUUCCCCAUCUUCUUUCUAGCUCCCCUCUUAUACACAAAAUAUGUAUAUAGAAGAGCAAAGGAGAAGGAGAAGCAGCUAAAUCAAACAUUUCCAAAGAUCCUGCUGGGGAAGAAGUUUAAACUCGGAUGAUACAGAUUUACUCCUACCAAUGCUCCUGCUGGUAGCAAGCGGCAGAGAGCAUCCUGCUAGCCUUUCUUAUGCAGACAAAUCAAUGGGAGUCUUUGCCACUACUUACAAAUAGGCCUUGCUGAGAAAUACUCAGCAAAAUUAUAAUACUCCAGCCAAUCCGGGACAUUUUAAAAUGUCCUUUCAUUCUAGAGCAGAAAGGAGCAGAAAUUAUAACAUUCAGAGUGAAAUGGAAACAGGGAAGAAAAAUAUUUAUGCGGUUUCUUUUAAAGCUGAAAAUAACCAUUUCAGUAACACAGAAAAAUAUAAGGGGAAUUUUGCUCAUUAAAAAAAAAAAAAACAUUUCAUAACUUUUCAUGAAAAUUUCUGAUAAAAUUGGGAAUUAUUUUCAUUAUAUUGGAUUGGCUUUUUUAAUUUUCUUCUAGAAAAUUGGUGUUGUUUUUAGAAGGAAACUGGAAAAUUGCCAUAUUCAGUCUGUCAGACAUUUUAAACUACACUUAUUUCCAAGGUAAGAAUUCUUCAGGAGUAAGAAAGCUGCAAAGUGGCCAGUCUAAUCUCUUCCUCACUUCCUUCUCCUCUGCUUCGGUGAUCAGACAUGUCUAAUGAUUAGGCUGCAAAGAGCAAAACCAGUUUCUAUGUCUCCCUGAGAAAAGGCAUUUCGCCAACUUCUUUAAGAAUUAUUGACUAGAUCUGCUUACAGGAAGUCACAUCUUUGCUGCAGACUAUGUCUCCAUUUAAAUCCUCCUCACAGCUAUUCCAUUCUGUCUGGGAAAGUUUAUCAGAAAGCACACUGGAAAGGCUCAGAUCUUUCUGUCUCCAGUGAAACUGUUUCUAGACAUAGUUAUAGCUUGGCAGAUGUACUGGUAUGACAGUUGAGAUACUACUGCUGGUAAAGGAGUGUUCUGUUUGGCAUAUAUAUACACUUUUUGCUUGGUACUUCUGACCACAAAGUAUUGAUGUUUAGGGUACUAUAGGUAGUUACCCACUGUACUUUUUCUUAUAAGUUUUAGAGGACAGCACUGGAUAAUUUUUUCUUCUCCUUCAGGGUAACAGAGCUUUGCAUGAGUCAUUCAUCUUGAACGUACACCAGAGUGAUAUCAAGUUAGUUGUUGUGACACCUUGCCAAUAUGAUGCCCAUUUUUAGUCUCCUAGCAGUGGAAUGAUUUAAGUAUUGUCUAGUGGAGGCCACGGCCUCAUUGAAGAACGUCUUGGUGACUCUGGAUAGGAUUCAAAUAAUUCAUCUAGGUGAGGAGGAGACAAUUGAAAGUCAUAGCUGAAAUAUUUCCAGAAAUCCUUAAGUGGUUGUGUUUGUCCAUCAUUUGCUUGAAGAUUUUGGUAAAUGGUGGCUUACUGGAUUCUCAAAUGGCAAGAAUGGCCAAGUAAAAUUUUUUUUAUUGUCUGCAAUUAAAACUUUACUUAAGUUAAUUAAACUCUUGUCACCUCAGGGUACCAUUUGAGCAAUGAGUUUUACAGGACCUACUCCGUCAAUGUAGAAACUUCAGCAACUAAAGAACAUACCAGGUAUAGAGAGUUAACACAAUGCUCAGCAGUGCUUGAGGAAUCAGGCCCACCUCAGUAAUUUCUCUCCAACAUUAUUGAAAUAUUGGAUUUAAAUCAUAUAGCCAUGGUGUCAUCUUACAAAAUCUACCCUGUUUAAAUUCCUCUUAAAAUCAAAUGCAGCUCAAAGCUUUAUAACAGUCCACGUGUCAUUAAACAAGAGAUCACAAAGCUGUGUCAUAGUAUCUCCCCAUAAUACAGAAUUUUUUACUUAUCAUUUUUGCAUAUUUGAAAGAACCCUAUUAACUCAGUUGCACACAACUUUUUGCAAUAAUAGACUCAGCGUAAAGCAAUAUCAAAACAUAGUUAAUAUUUCUACUGAUUAAUUUAGCCAAGCUUAAGAUUUUGCAUAAUUUUGCCCCUACUUCUGGCAUGAUAGAAGAUAUGGAAGACAUGUGUACCUAUCUUUUGGCCCUGAGAGAAGAUUCUGCUGUGUGUACCUUCCCACCUUCUGCUACCAAAAAAAAAAAAAAAAUAUCAUUUCAACUGGGAAAGGUGACAUAACCCCUGAAAACUGCAGUUUGACCUACCUUCUGAGUUCAGACACUGAAUGGGAUGCGUGGCGUGGGAAGGGAUUUAAUACCAGCUACCUCAGUAGUCAUGUGGUGUUAAAGGAAAAAAGAUGAAAAAAGGAGUAUAUAAUGUAUCCUGAGAGCAAAGGACAGCAUGGUUAUUUUGCCUAUAAUUUUUUUUUUUUUUUAACCUUGCCUAUACUGUUCCUGCCAAUCCUCUCCUAUUGUUAUCUAUCAGCUUUUCCAAGAAGACACUUUGUUGUGCAUAAAGUAAGAAUAGCUGCACUGACUGAAACCACAAGCCUACAUAGCCCUGUGUACCUGGCAGGUGCCCUGCUUUGGUAGGGGCACAGUCCUGUUGUUAUAAGGCCUCCACCAUCCCCUGCAAAUUAGGGACACCUUCAGCUGUUGACUUCCAGACAUCUUCAGGGCUCUGUAUCCAAUAUGUAUAGUUCCAAUGCUUCCUAAAUCAGGGGGUGCGCUAUGUUUAAUAGUCUGAAUUUGUCCUAGAUCCUGUGAAUUUACUUUCUCCUUCUGUCUCUCUUUCUCUCUCUGUCUUGCCCUUCUUUCUUCUGAAAUAGAAUGACCAGGGCUGCAUGAAUUAUUCAACAUGAGUGUAUGAUGUAUUUAUACAGUGAUAUAUAUAUACACAUAUAUGUUUUCUAUUUGGUUUAUAGUUCCUUAAUCAUCCAAAUAUCCUGUUUCACAUUUUACUUGAUACUAAGUGCUUGACUUGAUGUUUUCAGAAAGAUGUCUAAUAUUAAUUCAUUUUUUUUUCUUCUCAAGCAAUAGUUAAUUUGUAGUCUCUGCCUGUGUAUGUACAGUUAGACUCAUUUUUCCCUUGUUUGUUUCUUUCUGCUUUAUCAAAUUUCAUCACCACUUUAUUGCCAUUGGCAUUCAAAAUUGUGAAAUCGUUUUGCAGUUCCUUGCAGGCAGCUUCUGAUUUAACUUUUAGAAAUAAUUUUGUAUCAAACUUUCUCAUCUGACAGUUCUUAGUUAUCACAUUUCCCUUUACUACUAAUAAAAGUACUUUUGCUUAAAUGCUUUGUUUUAAUUCAUGCCUCAAUCAGGAACCUUUGCACACACUUAAGUGCUCAGUUGCUCUAAUUCACUUCUGCAUCUUUCAGCAUGGGGGACGGAGGCCUUCAAGCUAUUUUCAUUUACGUUUAGUUAAUUGGACACCUUAAAUGUAGAAUUUAGACCUUCUCAUUGCCUACCGGUUCUGAUAGAGUGGUUAUACAACCUUCAGAGUGAAAAAUUGCUAAGGGCUGGAAGCAUAAAGUGCAUUUAGGAAUAGCCUUUAGCCUCUUAGCUGUCCUGCCUCCUCACAGAGGCUAUAAACCCAGAUUAGACACAUCCCUCUACGCUGAAAGAGGACAGCUGGGUGUUUAGCUACAGCCUCCACCAACUCUGGCAUACCGAGCAGGGAACAGUCUGAGUGAACUGGAGAAGCCAGAUGGGGGAAAUAAAGCAAGUGCAUGGUGUGCUGAUAUCGGUAUCUUUUUCAACACUUCCUAACUCAUGGGACUACAGAGUGUUGUGAGGUGAGACUCUCAGCAUCGCUCCCACAGUAGCUGUUCAGCUGCUUUAUCCCACUGUUACCUGCAGUGAACUCUAGCAUCAAACUACAACGCUGAGGUGCCAAUCCCUUUCUUUCUCUCUAUCCCAGUAAAUAUUGAACUUUCAGGGUUAGGCAAAAACUGAGUGGAUUUUGGGGAACUACCCCGUCAGUGUGAGCACCCAAAGCUGCAUUUAGCAACUUCUGUUCCAUUGCAGGUCUAAGCUGGGGUCUGUGUUAUAACACCAGUGAAAGCAGUGAGAAUAAUUUGAACGCUGACUGAGCAAAUCUGUUAAACUUGCUUGUGUGAGAAGGAAUCACUGUUUGUCCUGUAUCUUAAUUUCACUGAAAUGGCAUUUUAGUAGUUCUCCAAAACCUAUUCUCUGUCUACAGAAGGGUUAUGCCAUGACCCAUGUUACCUUUUGUGAAUACUAAGAGUGUGUAAUUGUAGACAGGUGAGCAGACCCAAUGAGUUAUUAGUAUUCAUAACAUACCAGAAAUCUUACAUAGUGGGGAAAACAAGUGGGCGAUACAAGUGGGUGAUGACUGACAUUUAGUGUUUCUCAAGCUGAAUUGCAUCUUGGAUAUUUGAGAGGAGGAAUGAAGAUCUUGUUUACUUAUUUAUUUAUUUAUUUAUUUGAAACAUCUCCACUUGCCUAUAUUAAAAAUAAAAUACAGAAAUAUGUAGUACUGUGUUUAUUUUUCUGUAGUUAUAGAAGUAAUUAUUUCAAAAGCUAUAGCUAUACUCAGCUGGUCAGUGACAAAAGAGAACUAGCUGUCAGAGGAGAUUUGUGAUGUUCCCAGAGAAAGUGUUAUGAAUUUCCAUCUGUUCCAUUACGGUGUAGAUGCCUGUAAAUCUUUCUCUGAAUCAGUAGAACUUUGUGAACUAAUAAGCCGAAAAUUAAGAGACUCCACAAACUAUCAAAUCAAACUGUCAUGCAAUGUUUUAAAAAUGAAUAAGCCCUGAACGACUGCUAUCUCUUUAUCAUCUAUAUCUAAGUAUCUAUAUUGAUAUAAGCUAGUUCCUACAUUUAUAAUUAAUUUCUUACUUUCUCAGUUAUUAGACAUAUAUGUUGGCCCAGGCUUUCUACUGCUUCACCAUUUUUUUGCAUUGCUGUUGUUAACUUCAACAGGUUCUGCUUUUGAAUUGACAGAUGUCAAUUGAGUAACAAUGGCAGGAAGCAAUAAAACAAAAGAGAGUGAUCAGAAAUCUGAGAUUAGAGGAAAACUCAUAACGAAUCCCAGGUCAGCCAGUCUUUCCUGAUAUGUGCUGGGCGGGUUCAGGUCUUUUUAUACACAAUGCAAAAUAGCAAAGAAAGUAGAUUUUUCAUCACUGAUGCCAAAUAACAGUAAAGCUGUUGUUUCUAGGGGAUCUAAUAUACUCGGUGACACAAAGGAAGGGACUGGUAGAAAGGCUGCAGCUUUACCCUUGGUAAAAAAAAUUCUAAGUACUAACUUCAAGUUGAUAAAAUUUUGCCAGUUCUGUCAUUGUGUGUUCACACCAGGUCUUUUAGGAAUGCUCACUUCUUGUUCAUCGCCCAUCUCAGCAGCCCUUUCUAGCUCUUUGCUUUCUAUGUAGACAGGGAUCAAAGACUGGAUGUCCACACCAUGCUCAGUACAAUCUCUAGCCCUUCUUUUACCUUCACUUGGACAUGUUCUUGCAUCACUUCAUUGGUGGUUGGCCUCAAGUUUAUUCAAGAUUUUUCUGUCUUUUUAGUUGCAUUUUGAAUGUAAACUCUACUUACAUUAUUCAAAUAUGGACUUAAUUCAAUGUUCUGUUCUAAUACAAACCCUCAGAAUUUAGGAAGUGAGAAAUGACUGAUUAUUUACAGAAAAAAAAAAAAUCUUCUGUAGUUCUGUAAAAUCAAAACUUUUCCUGUAACAUAACUUUGCACCAAGGUUUCCAAAAGUUUGGGACUUAAUUU